GUCGCGGAAGGAGGUGAUGGAGGAGGGAGGAGAAGGAGGAGGAGGAAGAGGAGGUCUGGUGUGCGCUGAGCAGCAGCAGCAGGUCUGAUGAUGGUGAUGAUGAUGGUGUGAGUCAGACAGCCGAGGGUUCAGGCUGCUCACAGCCGCUCAGGAGUAGACAAACCCUGCAAACACACACACACACACAGGGAAAGACGGAGAGGAUCCGCGGAGAUAAGCUUACAGAUCGUAGAGCCAGAGAAGCAGGUGAACUGCAGUUCCCAGAAUGCCAGAGCAGAGUAAUGACUAUCGGGUGGUGGUGUUCGGUGCCGGCGGGGUGGGGAAGAGCUCGCUGGUGCUUCGGUUCGUGAAAGGCACCUUCAGAGACACCUACAUCCCCACAGUCGAGGACACCUACAGACAGGUGAUCAGCUGUGAUAAGAGCGUCUGCACGCUGGAGAUUACUGACACAACAGGAAGUCACCAGUUUCCCGCCAUGCAGCGUCUGUCUAUCUCCAGAGGCCAUGCCUUCAUCCUAGUGUACUCCAUCACCAGCCGCCAGUCACUGGAGGAGCUCAAACCCAUCUAUCAACAGGUUUUGGCCAUUAAAGGCAGCGUGGAAUCCAUUCCCAUCAUGCUUGUGGGCAACAAAAGCGAUGAAACGGCUCAGCGUGAGGUGGAGAUGAAGGAAGGUGAGGCUCAGGCGGCUGCCUGGAAGUGUGCCUUCAUGGAGACGUCGGCCAAGACGAACACCAACGUCAAGGAACUGUUCCAGGAGUUGCUGGCCCUAGAGAAGAAGCGGGACAUGAGCCUGAGCAUCGACGGGAAACGGUCGGGAAAACAGAAACGAGCUGACAAGCUGAAGGGAAAGUGCAGUGUCAUGUAGAGCAGCUGGCAGCUGCAGAGGACUCACUGCAAAGGACUCACAGACUUUAGAGUCUGUCUGAAUGCUAGAGCCCAAAUGAACAAAAUGACUAAUAACUUAGAAUGGAAUCUGGAAUAUUUGAAUAUUUAUAUCAAGACCUCGGACCUGACAUGGAUUGUGUAUAUGGUCUAAAGUAUUUGUAAAAAAAACAAACAAAAAAACUUUUUACACACCAAACUAACUCCUGCCACUAUUAACAAUUACAUGAAAGAGUAAGGAAUACUUCACUAAUGUCAUUGUAAAUGUUGAGCCAAAAAUCAGUCCGAUUAUGGUUACGCUCGAGUUUGUUCCAGCAGUUCCUACAGGACCAACCCAGCUGGUCCUGACAGCUUUAUUUUGAAGAUGAGCUUAUUUUCAGCUCAUUAUGUUUCUGGGACUCGACAAAAUUAGACUUGCAUGAUUCUUAGUUCACAGAAACUCCUUCCUUAUUGUAUACUGGCCCUUUAUAGAGCCCCUCAGUUCUGUCUAAAACCAGCUCUCUCAUCCAUGGUUUAUAAAGGUCCCUUUCUCUCCGAGUCCUUUGUGUGAAUUGGCCCACUGUUGGAAGCCUGCCGAGGGGCAGCAUGCAAUGCUUGUGUGCAGAUGACUGUGUAAACAAAAAGAAAACAGUUAAAACCCAAACACACACACAGACAACAACCUAGAGUGGACUUAAAGGACUAUAGCCUUCAUAGGGUCACCUGUGCAGCCAGGUGAGCUAUAGUGGUACCCUGGAUAUCAAUUAAUUUAACACAACCUCCUACAACACAAGAUGGUACAUCUCAAGGAGUUUAUCCCAAUAAAUACAUGUUCAAAUGUUUAUGUAACAAAGUAAGAAAAAGCAGAGUAGUUCCUGUGUAAGAUUUUAUUUUUCGGCAUGCUGCUUAAAAUAGUGGAAAUAAAACCACCGCAGCAGGCUUCACACUUAAGCUAAGUUUAAGUACACAACCAGAAAGCACUAGUUUUUAAAAUCUAACAGUUAUUAACUAUUAACCAUUAGCUCACAAGAAUGAUGAAACUCUUUUGGCCUGCUUUCACUUGUCCCCUCUUGACAUUCUAGCAACAUGCAAUGAUGAGCAAGAAACCCAGGAACUGGAUGGAACAUGUUAGCAUGCUAAAUCUGAUGUUGCAGAAUAUAAACUCAGUGAUACUACAUUUACUUCAGUCAUCUGUAUGACAUGCUCAACACUAGUAUUUGGGGCUGUCAGGUUUGCUAAAACAUGCUAGCAUGCUAAUAUAUUAGGCACUUAGCUUCCCAAAAAGAACAUUUGCGGCUGCUUGCUGCCCCCUAGUGGCAGAGGGGAGCAUGGUUUUACGUUUUUGAAAUCCUGUGGCACUCUUGAUUGGCUGCCUCAGGACUAUUCAUCACACAUAUACCAGACAUUUACUCCUGCAGAUAGGGCAGAAAAAUAAUUAAAUAAUCCUUUAUCUAAGAAGUCUAACUGCUUUUCUAUUGUGAUUCCCUCCUUGGUGGUCGUGGCUGUUUUUUUAUCUUGGAGCUCAGCUUCCUGCUGUCAUUAGAUCUUCAACAUGCAAGCUAACAGUGUUUAGCCUCUGAACUCUCAGCUGACGGACUGCAGUGGAAACAGCAGAUGAUUUCACCUUAACUCAGCAGGAAACUACAAAAUGGCUUCAGUGAUUUUCCAACUGGCCUUUUGCACUGUUUUCAUUUUCAUCAAACAUACUGAAAACAAAACAUUGUUAGCAUUAGCAGGGAGGUGCAGGGAAGCAUGCAGCUACUGUACAACUGAUUUAAAGGAACAGUCCAAAAUAUCUGGAAGCACCUUUUGUAGUGGUUCAUCUCUGCGUGUCCAAUACAGAGGUGGAGUCAGGACGUGUUUAGUCUAGCUUAGCACAAGGACUGGAAGCAGCAGGGGAAACUUCCAGCAAACCUAAGAUAAUGAACUGUGCUGUCUUAUGCUUAUGCAAUGCUAACUCACUAUCUGUUAGUGUUGAUAGUUUUUAGAUGCUUUUUAUUAAUUAAUUCCAAAGCUACUUUUGUGGUUCUUAAAAGAUCAGUUAUUUUCACACACCAGGGUCAGGACAGAGAGGCAAACAUUAUUAAAACAGGUCCACUCUGCUAGUUUCUAGCUCUAUAUUUUUAUUGUGAGCCUCAGUUUCACAGUUCACAGUGAUCGUUAUUGAUCACGGGCCUUGGUGCCAUUCCUCAGUUAAUCGUCCGUCUCAAAUAAGCUGUUUUAGCUCCUUCCCCUUCAAUGUAACUUUCCUCUGAUUGGCUGCCCCUGACUUUGGAUGCUUUUAAAUAAUUAAUAUACGUUACUAUUAACAUGAAAAGGAAACAGUCAUUUCUCUACCAAGGACAGGGUUACAUCUUUUACCAUCUUACAGUGCAGGAUUUUCCCAGGUCUUUUUAGACAGUACUCACGGCCACUGAUCAGUGGUCAUGACAGUUUACAUAUUAAUAAAAAGAAACUGACCUCAAAGCUCAGGUUAGUCAGUAAUGCUAAUUUUGGUCAUUAUUCAAAUAGGAAACCUGCAGUCAGCUUAGACUGAGAAAGUCACUUGGCUGAGUGGCAAAACUGAAAAAGGACUGGGUGACAUCCACAUCUGCAGGAAAGGCUUCUUGUGAUAUUUUUCUCAGUACAGUUCUCCAUUCUGAGAGAGUAAGACCAUAAGACUCAAAUAUUGUUAUUUUCACUGUGGCAGAAACUGUGAAACAGUUGUCUGAGUACAUCAAACAGGAGCUUCGCAUAAAUAUGUGCACAUAGCUGCACUGUCUGAGCUUGUGAGAUGCAUCUCUGCCGUCAUUUCGCUCCGGGGUCUGACUAUGAGAUCUGACUCACUCCUAUAUAUAAUAUCAAAAGUUUGUGCUGCCUCUUGAUAUUCCCAUGAAAGUAAUGUCACAUCUAAGGAACAAGAAGUCCUUUUCCAAAGCUGAGAAUCUGUUUUACAAAAUUUACCAGCGUGUUAAAGCUAAAAUAUCACAGUAACUAAUUCUUCUUUUAAGCUGACUUCAUGUUAACUGACUGUCCUGAAAAAGAAUCAAACUAAGCAAACAUUUUAUUUAAAAUAACCAGAAACAUGUGAGACGUGUCUCGAUCAGCCAUGUCACUGGACCUGUUAUAGUGUACCAAACUCCAAAAUUUGCAUGCCACACCCCUUUUGCCACUCAAAUUUUCACAUUUUCACCUUAGUUUCUUGCUAGUACUCAAGGUACUUUUUACAUUAUUUUGUGGUUCAGAAUCCAACACACAGAUGCAGGAGACAGAACCACAGGUCGUCUGAGUAACUCCUGAACCACCGUAAACAACAUUAUUUUUGAGUGUGCCAUAGAGGAGCUUUGUGUAACCAGUGAGAACUAUAAGAGUUCGAUUCAGGAGAUGUGACUGAAACAGUAUUACUGGUACUACUAUACUGACACCCCUUUUAGCAAAUUAAUAUAAAAACCCGAUGGGUUCAGACUUCUUCCACAUAGUCAAACGUUUAUAAUUUUACACUAACAUCAUUCAGAAAGGCAUGUGUAGUUUACUAGUUUAGCCCCCAUCGUGGGAUUUUGAGUGAUUGCUUUUAUUAUUAUAAAAAUACUAUUAAUUUAAGAAUGAAUAUUUGAAGUUUGAUACUUGUAUCCACCUGUGAAAGACGUUUUAUGCUGCAUGAUUGUAACAUAGUUCUAAUAUUCAUUUUAGACACUAUACUUUGGAACUAUUAUGGUUACUCGUAAUAAACAUUUUAGGAUGAAAACUUUUAAAACCACACGUUAAACGUAUCCAAGUAGCCUUUCUAAUAAUUACAGCUUUUGCCCAUAACAAAUCAGCCUGUUUAAAAAUCACAUCUCUCUCUGAACGUUAUGGCAGUCAUACUGGCGCAUCAUUGCAAUGACCAGCCGUGACCAGUACAACAUCUGUUUGUACAUAUUUGUGCUAUUUGUGCUACUUUUAAACAAACACUAUUUUUGCCUGAACAAAAUCCAGGCUAACAUGGUGAAAGCAGGUGUAGCUGCUAUAGCAGGACAUUAGAGACACAGCUCGGUGGAGCUAUGCUAAUUCCUUUCAUGUAUUUCUGUGUUCAUACUAGUUCCCAAACAGUCCGGAUUAUUAACACUGAGCAGGGCAGGGAACAUGAAAACGCUAGUGUUGGACUGAUUUUAUGGGAAUCCUCGUUUCCCCACAUUGCUGAUCCACAGUGGGAGCUAAACUGGAAUUUUCCGUACCUUGUGCUGAGCUAGCCUUUAUAUUUAAUACUCUUAAAGACCUCAGAUAUGUAUUUUCUCAUCACACCAACAGGAUUUCUAAAUGUUGGGCUGUUCCUUUACCUGGCAGGAAAGCUGACCGUGCUUCGGCGUUGUACAUUCGAAAUGCCUUUCCUUCCAUUUUACUUGACAAUUUAUAAUCUGAAAAUAAGUGAGCUUAAAAACUUUACGAAGCACAAACACUAGAACACGUUAGACGAGCUCAUGUUAUGUACACGUCAGCUUUGUAUUUAAUUUCACUGUAUAAAGCUUUUCAUCAUGCUGUGUUCUUGAAAUGUCACCAUGCCUCACUGUUAGCUGUAUUCAGCUUUAGCAAUAUCAGAAACGGCUGCACUUUGUACGUGGGCAGUAGAAAUAACUCUCAGCAGUUUAUUGAUGCCAAUAAAUUCUUUUAUCAGCAAAUUCAUGAUCUUAUCAUUCCACUGCUGCAUGUACGUUUUCAAGUUAACUGAGUUAACCUGAACACAAGAUGCUUUCAUUUGUAUUUUCUCAACAUGAAUGACACUCACAAACUAUAAAUUAAUAAAAAGGAUAUAUA